UACGUCAUUGUUCUGCGACCAAUCUAACAGUGAUGUAAACCAAGAAAACUUUACGUGUCUGUCGAUCUUCUAGCAUCGAACAAAGGAAUAAUUGAUAGCUGUAGGAUCAGUUUGAUUUCAAGUAAUCAGCUUUGACAAAUGAUCUUUAACUAAAACGAGCUGACAGCUGGUCAAAAAGAGUGGGUAUAAGGUUAGCGUGCAAAUUUAAAGUGCAUCGCUAGUAACAACCAACCCCGGUAGGAAAUCCACACGUUUUCUCUGCUAGUUGCUUUAACGUCACUUGGUGUUUAUCAGUAUAGUAAGAUACUUGCUGUAGAAUAGCCUUUGAUGAGCAAACAGCAUUGUUAAAAAAUAGGAAGAGUCCUUGCAGAAUAAGGCUGAGUUAGCUGGUUGAUAGCCAGCCUUAGCGAAACAGGCUCUUCCCAUAGGUCGCUUGGUUAUCGUUGCCUGUCACAGUCCUGUUCAAAACUGAAGUGGAGCUAUCGGUUAUUUGACAAGCAGGCUACCAACAGGAGCCGCCACCAUCACUCCGUUUUACCAGGCGCAUGGAUCUGUCAACAUCAGCAUCUUCGGUGAGAUCACCCGAUUCUCACUGUAGCAGCGUGGUGGACCAUAAAUCACUGCGUGUUCCGUUCACUGAUUUAGCGGGCAGCGAGAAAACGACCGGAUCUAACGUUACUAUUAACGAAGAAGGUUCCUCUUCAGUGUCUGAUGAAGACGACUCGGAACGGUAUCAGCUUGACACCACGGUGUUAAGUAAAUCUGAUGGGUUGUUCGCUGUUCUGUUCUCCAGAUACCAAGAGACCACGGUGUUCUCCUGCUCCCUCUGUCCCCUCUCCUACACCGCGCAGAUCUACCUCCACAAGCACAUCAAGCGGAGCCACACAGAUGAAUAUGUGCGACUGCUGAGGUCUGGAGAGAUCCGAUCAGAGACUCUGGCGCCCUCUAGAGGUCAUGGCAGCAUCAACCAGCACACCCAGACCCAGGCCCAUAUCCAAAGUGCCACGGCCGUGUCAUCCAGGACCACCCUGUCCUGUAAGGCGUCCUUGGAGUGGCGGGAGGAAGUCGGAGAGAAUCACAUGGAACCCCACCAUCACUGCUUCCUGUGCGCAACCAGCUUCACCUCUGACGACCCCGAGGACCUGCAGCAACCCCAGCAGCAGCUCCUUUCCUCCGACGAACAUCUGGACCAACAGCAGCAUAGCCAGCGGCGGCAACAACAACAACAGCAACAGCAGCUCCUUUCCUCCGACGAACAUCUGGACCAACAGCAGCAUAGCCAGCGGCGGCAGCAACAACAACAGCAACAGCAGCUCCUUUCCUCCGACGAACAUCUGGACCAACAGCAGCAUAGCCAGCGGCGGCAACAACAACAACAACAGCAGCAACAGCAGCUCCUUUCCUCCGACGAACAUCUGGACCAACAGCAGCAUAGCCAGCGGCGGCAACAACAACAACAACAGCAGCAACAGCAGCUCCUUUCCUCCGACGAACAUCUGGACCAACAGCAGCAUAGCCAACAACAGCAACAACAGCAACAACAACAACAGCAGCAACCUCCACCUCUACUCCCUGACUCUGGGGACAAACAGCAACAACACCAGCAACAACAACAACAGCAGCAGCCUCCACCUCCACUUCAGCUCACUGGGUCUGGGGAGUGGCUCUUCAUCUGCCCACUGUGUGGCAAAGACUUCCCAGAGGAGGCCCGCCUGAGACAGCACCAGAGCACUCAUUCCGGAACACUCCGGAACACUCUAGAACACUCACACCAGAACACUCAUGACCAGACGGAUCUGAAGGAGCGCCAGCGGACUCGCACCGACGACUGGCCCUACCACUGUUCCCAAUGCGGCAAGAGCUUUGCGCCGGAGGCCAGUUUCAAACGCCACCGACGCACUCACACGGGAGAGAGACCGUACCACUGCACUCAGUGCGGUAAGAGUUUCACCAGAGAGGAUCAUCUCAAACAGCACCAGCGGACUCACACAGGCGAGAGGCCGUACCACUGUCCGCAGUGCGGCAAGAGUUUCACCGAAGGUGGCGCUCUCCGACAACACCAGCGCAUCCACACAGGAGAGAGACCAUACCACUGUGCUCAGUGCGGGAAGAGUUUCACAACAGACGGAACUCUGAAGCGCCACCAGCGCAUUCACACAGGAGAGAGACCAUACCACUGCUCUGAAUGUGGCAAGAGCUUCACACUACAGGGAGACCUCAAACGACACCAGCGCACUCACACAGGAGAGAGGCCAUACCACUGCACCCAGUGUGGUAAGAGCUUCAGUCAGUCUGGCGAUCUGAAGAAACAUCUACGGACUCACAAGAAAGAGACAGCUUCAUAGUCACAGGCUAGGUGAACGUGGACGGAAUUUAUAUAUUCUAGAACUGUUAUGUCAAAAGAAAAGUCCUCAUACUGCAAGUCUAAGUAUGUAUCUUCUUAGUCUGUCCUGAUUGUUGCCAAGACAAGCACGUGGGUGGACAGAACACUUUAGAACACUCCAGCACCAGAACACUCUAGAACACUCUAAAACACUCUGGAACACACUAGAAGCACAAGCAAGUGGGUCGACAGUCACAUACAUUUGUGCCUUGACAAUAUUGUUGGCAGGCUACAUUUCUGCAGCAUUCACACACCAAAUGGUGGUGAAGAAAACAACCUUAACUGAUGUUGUCUCCUCAACUAGUGUUGAGUUUGAAGUUUUAAACAACAAGAGGGAUAGCAAAGAUAGCGUAAAGAUACAGACAGAAAAGCUAAUCAUUCUAGCUAAUAUGAAUGGCAACUUCCACACUUAAAACCACAAAGAAAACGAUAUGGAGAACGAUAUCAUUGGGGAUCACUUCCAGAGCCAUUUUAAGAAUGAUUAAAACCUGAAAGCCAAUCGAAAUCCAUCAAAUGUUAGACAUCACAUUCAUCACCACAAGGAGAGUUUCCUUCUGUGUAGGCGCCAAUGUUGUUAUAGUUAUCGUUAUCUUUAUAGCUAUCGUUCUUGCUGUGAACAGCCCCAAUAGGCUCUUAAUUUGAUGCAUGGGCACAGUGUGAAGUCAAUAGCCCAGGCUACUGGCUUGCAUGCCAGCAGCACCAAGAAACUGAAUGAGGACUGUAGCAGCAGCCCAAGCUAUCCGGAUACUGAAUGAGGACUGUAGCAGCAGCCCAAGCUAUCCGGAUACUGAAUGAGGACUGUAGCAGCACCCAAGCUAUCCGGAUACUGAAUGAGGACUGUAGCAGCAGCCCAAGCUAUCCGGAUACUGAAUGGGAAUGAGGACUGUAGCAGCAGCACAAGCUAUCCGGAUACUGAAUGGGAAUGAGGACUGUAGCAGCAGCACAAGCUAUCCGGAUACUGAAUGGGAAUGAGGACUGUAGCAGCAGCACAAGCUAUCCGGAUACUGAAUGGGAAUGAGGACUGUAGCAGCAGCACGUUGCACUUUAGACGUUUCUUCAUUCAUUUCUUCUUCUUCUUCUUCUUCUCUUCUUUUUCUAUUUAUUUCCUUAUUUAUUUACACAUUGCAUUGCCAUGGAGACAGUGGGCAAAGCAUUUUACUACGUAUACUCUGUAUAAAUGUAUGUGACUAAUAAAUUUGAAUUGAAUUGAA